AAACCCUUAAAAGAAAUAAAGCCAAUAAUUUUAUUUCUUUGGACUGAAUCCUUCAGAGCCCAGUCCAAAUCCAGUGGUGUCGGUUGACACACUCCCUCAACUCAAGUCUUAACCAAAUAUUAUACUUCCUUGGUGCAAUCUUGUUCUUAUAUUUACCCAGCGUUUUGCAAGCUCAUUCUACUCUAUGGUCUUGACCUGAUUAAUAGGCCAACCCCAAUCCAUAGCUGAACCAACCAUUAGAUUUGGCUGGUGGGUAUUUAUCUUGAUAGUUGGUAGUUGCCCAAAUCUUUCAACUUCAACUAAAGAUUGCAUCUUUUUAAUUUGUGGGUAAUUUUGGUUUGCCUAAUCUAUGGCUUCUUCCAUGCUCAAUGGAGCAGAAAACUUCACUCUCAUGAGAGGGGUAACCCCCAAAAGGAUUGGUUUUUUGGGGUCAGGUUUUCAUGGCAAACACUUUUCCAGUGUGGGUUUAGUCUCUAGUGCAAGAAUCUCCAGGCCAGGAACAACAAUGACCACAAAAUGCAGCUUAUCAGCAUCAAGGCCAGCUUCACAACCAAGAUUCAUACAACACAAAAAGGAGGCUUUUUGGUUCUACAGAUUCCUCUCAAUUGUUUAUGACCAUGUGAUAAACCCUGGUCAUUGGACUGAAGACAUGAGAGAUGAUGCACUUGAGCCAGCUGAUCUCAAUAACAGGGACAUGAUAGUCGUAGAUGUUGGUGGUGGAACUGGUUUCACUACUUUGGGUAUUGUUAAGCAUGUGGAUGCUAAGAAUGUUACAAUUCUUGACCAAUCUCCGCACCAGCUUGCCAAGGCUAAGCAGAAGGAACCUCUAAAGGAGUGCAAGAUAAUUGAAGGUGAUGCAGAAGAUCUCCCCUUUCCUACUGAUUAUGCGGAUAGAUAUGUGUCUGCUGGCAGCAUAGAGUACUGGCCAGACCCACAAAGGGGCAUCAAGGAAGCAUACAGGGUGUUGAAACUAGGAGGAAAAGCCUGCUUAAUUGGUCCUGUGUAUCCUACUUUUUGGUUGUCUCGCUUCUUUGCAGAUGUUUGGAUGCUUUUCCCUAAGGAGGAAGAGUACAUCGAGUGGUUUCAAAAGGCUGGAUUUAAGGAUGUACAGCUCAAAAGGAUAGGCCCUAAAUGGUAUCGUGGAGUUCGUCGACAUGGGUUAAUCAUGGGGUGCUCUGUAACCGGUGUUAAGGCUGCAUCUGGAGACUCCCCUUUGCAGCUUGGCCCAAAGGCAGAGGAUAUAUCGAAGCCGGUAAAUCCAUUUGUAUUUCCGUUGCGCUUCAUCUUGGGUGCCAUGGCAGCAACGUAUUAUGUAUUGGUCCCUAUCUACAUGUGGGUCAAAGAUCAAAUUGUACCAGAAGGUCAACCGAUCUAAAGAGAGACUGGAGCUGCUGCCCUCCCACUUCCAAGUUGCAUAUCUUUCUUUACUUAUAUCGUAUGUAAGAUGACUUAUAGCUAUAUGGGCAUUCUGCGUUUCUCCAAUGAACCUACUUUUAUCAUCUAAUUUACCCUCUUCUUACUCUCUGGUCAUCAAGCUUGCUUUCAUGUAACAGAUUAGCUUUCUGUAACAAAACUAGAGGAUAAUUGGCAAAUGCUUGCGAUUGCAUUUGCAUGGCCAUUUUCAUUAUCCGUUUCCUUGCUAUUUCUAAGUGAAGUUGACGAUGUAGAAUUGUUUCGCUUGUUUAAUUUUCAUCUCCCAAAUUCUUCUGGAUUUUAAUUUUGUGCAUCAAGAUUACAAUUUUUUUU